AUGCGGUCCAUGGGUUGUGAACGAAGCCACGAUCACGAGAAGCUGUCCGUUAUUGUGAGAGGAGACGCUGGUCUCACCGACCGCAAGAUCAUUGUGGAUACUUAUUGCGGCUGGGGUGCUCACGGUGGUGGUGCCUUUUCCGGCAAGGACUAUAGCAAGGACUCGCUCGUCGUCGAGACUUACGGCCCCAGCACCAGAACUAGUGCCGAGCUUGUCGACAUUAUCAACAAGAACUUCGACCUGAGUCCCGGCGUCAUUGUCAAGGAACUCAACCUGACCAACCCCAUCCAUUUACUUUAA